GUCCCCAUGGAGUGGGAGUCGUGGAGCGCAGUCGCCGAGCAGUAGCUGCAGCAGUGGGAUGUUUACCUGGCGGUGCCUCAUCCUUUGGGCUGUGCUGGUCGCAGCCGCGCUCUCCGCUGCCCGGCCGGCCCCCAGCCUGCCCGACCAAGCUCUGCCCAAAGCAAAAAUCGAAGUGGAGUCCUACUCGGCCCACCCCGGUGACCUCCUCCAGCUGCGCUGCCGGCUGCGGGAUGACGUCCAGAGCAUCAACUGGGUGCGCGACGGCGUCCAGCUGGCCGAGAACAACCGGACGCGCAUUACCGGGGAGGAGGUAGAGGUCAGGGAUGCGGUGCCCGAGGACUCGGGGCUCUAUGCCUGCAUGACCAACAGCCCCUCAGGGAGUGAGACCACCUACUUCUCCGUGAACGUCUCAGACGCGCUGCCCUCUGCGGAGGAUGAUGAUGACGAAGAUGAUUCCUCGUCGGAGGAGAAGGAGGCAGAUAACACCAAGCCAAACCAGGCCAUUGCUCCAUACUGGACCUACCCUGAGAAGAUGGAGAAGAAGCUCCACGCUGUCCCUGCCGCCAAAACGGUGAAAUUCAAGUGUCCCUCGAGCGGGACACCCAACCCCACGUUGCGCUGGCUGAAGAACGGCAAAGAGUUCAAACCUGACCACCGCAUCGGGGGGUACAAGGUCCGCCAGGCGACGUGGAGCAUCAUCAUGGACUCGGUGGUGCCAUCUGAUAAGGGCAACUACACCUGCAUCGUGGAGAACAAGUACGGGAGCAUCAACCACACCUACCAGCUGGAUGUCGUGGAGCGCUCCCCGCAUCGGCCCAUCCUGCAGGCAGGGCUGCCUGCCAACAAGACCGUGGCCCUCGGCAGCAACGUGGAGUUUGUCUGCAAGGUCUACAGUGACCCCCAGCCACACAUCCAGUGGCUGAAGCACAUCGAGGUGAACGGCAGCAAGAUUGGCCCCGACAACCUGCCCUACGUGCAGAUCCUGAAGACGGCUGGUGUUAACACGACAGACAAAGAAAUGGAAGUCCUUCACUUAAGGAAUGUCUCAUUUGAGGAUGCUGGGGAGUAUACAUGUUUGGCGGGUAAUUCUAUUGGGAUCUCCCAUCACUCUGCAUGGUUGACAGUUCUCGAAGCUAUUGAAGACACCCCAGCCAUGAUGACAUCCCCCUUCUACCUGGAGAUCAUCAUCUACUGCAUCGGGGCCUUCCUCAUCUCCUGCAUGGUGGUGACCAUCAUCAUCUACAAGUUGAAGAGCACCACCAAGAAGACGGACUUCAACAGCCAGCUGGCCGUGCACAAGCUGGCCAAGAGCAUCCCCCUGCGCAGACAGGUAACAGUGUCGGCCGACUCCAGCUCCUCCAUGAACUCGGGCGUGAUGCUGGUGCGGCCCUCCCGGCUCUCCUCCAGCGGCACCCCCAUGCUGGCCGGCGUCUCCGAGUACGAGCUCCCCGAGGACCCGCGCUGGGAGCUGCCCCGGGACAGGCUGAUCCUGGGCAAGCCCCUGGGAGAAGGGUGCUUUGGGCAGGUGGUGCUGGCAGAAGCCAUUGGCCUCGACAAGGACAAGCCCAACCGGGUGACCAAGGUGGCGGUGAAGAUGCUCAAGUCCGACGCCACAGAGAAGGACUUGUCUGACCUCAUCUCUGAGAUGGAGAUGAUGAAAAUGAUUGGCAAGCACAAGAACAUCAUCAACCUGCUGGGAGCCUGCACGCAGGACGGUGAGGGACCCCUCUAUGUGAUUGUGGAGUACGCCAGCAAGGGCAACCUGCGGGAGUACCUGCAAGCCCGGCGGCCCCCGGGCAUGGAGUACUGCUACAACCCCACCCGUGUCCCCGAGGAGCAGCUCUCCUUCAAGGACCUGGUCUCCUGCGCCUACCAGGUGGCCCGGGGCAUGGAGUACCUGGCCUCCAAGAAGUGCAUCCACAGGGACCUGGCGGCCCGGAACGUGCUGGUGACGGAGGACAACGUGAUGAAGAUCGCGGACUUCGGGCUGGCCCGCGACAUCCACCACAUCGAUUACUACAAGAAGACGACAAAUGGUCGCCUGCCGGUGAAGUGGAUGGCCCCUGAAGCCCUCUUUGACCGAAUCUACACCCACCAGAGCGAUGUGUGGUCCUUCGGGGUGCUGCUGUGGGAGAUCUUCACGCUGGGCGGGUCUCCCUACCCCGGUGUGCCCGUCGAGGAGCUUUUCAAGCUGCUGAAGGAAGGUCACAGGAUGGACAAGCCCAGCAACUGCACCAACGAGCUGUACAUGAUGAUGAGGGAUUGCUGGCACGCUGUGCCUUCCCAGAGACCCACCUUCAAGCAGCUGGUAGAAGACCUGGACAGGAUCGUGGCCAUGACCUCCAACCAGGAGUACCUGGACCUCUCCAUGCCGCUGGAUCAGUAUUCCCCCGGCUUCCCGGACACCCGCAGCUCCACCUGCUCCUCGGGAGAGGACUCUGUUUUUUCCCACGACCCCCUCCCGGACGAGCCGUGCCUUCCCAAGUUCCCCCCUCAGCACACCAACGGUGGACUGAAGCGACACUGAGGGUGGCACUGCGGGUGGGACCAUGCCGUGCCGUGCCACGCUGUGCCAUGCCCUGCCCUGCCGUGCCUGUGGACGCUGCCUGCGCGGUCUGGUUGUGCUGAGCUGCUGCAGAAGGGGUUCAGAGACACCUGUAGCAUCUCAUGUAACCAAAACCACCCACCUCCUGCCAGCUUCUCCUGCCGCCUCAUGUCAGCUCUCCGUAGCCUAAAGGGUCCGUUCCGGUGUUUUCAUGGCGUUUCCCCCCUUUUUUUUUUUUAAAACCUCUUUUCCAUGAAUUCUGUGCUUGAAUAUUCCCACUUGGUUGAGCUGAAAUCGCCUGCCACUGGGGGCAGAGCCUGGCUGGGGAGCCAGACAGGCAUCCCGGGAUGGCACAUCCUGACAG